AUGGCCUCGCAAUCCUCAGGCUCAACGUCGAAUUCCACGGCGUCCAGUCCCGGCCCCACUGUCGGUGGCCUGGCUCCGCUGAUGACCGGGGCUCGGGGAAGGAAGACAAGACUUCCAGGAAUGUCCCCCCAGAUGGCUACUUUCACCUUACAGGAGCGCCCUCGAAACAAGCGGGUCGGCGCAACGAAGGUAAGGACCGGCUGUAUCACAUGCAAACGACGACAUGUAAAGUGCGACGAGACACGACCUUUUUGUUUGAGAUGCACAAGGUCGACUCGAAACCCGGUGGCAUGUGAAGGAUACGGAUCUGACCGCCGCAUUCAAGCAGCUCCGCGGAAAAUCCUAGCCAAAGGAACAGUGAGGGUGCAGGAUGUCCUCAUGGAACCCAGCUAUGAUGGAGCCUUCUUAAGAAAUCCCGAAGAGCAAGGCUAUUUCGAAUUUUGGCGCGGCCUCGUCGGCAGGAUAUAUCUCUUCCCCAACGAUGUCAUGAGCCGUAUCUUACCACAGCUUGCUCGCCAGGAGCCGGCCAUCAAGCACGCCGCCCUUGCAAUGGCCGCGAUGGCUCGUGCCCUUGUCCCCAACCUCAAGCGCCGGACCCGAAAGGAGUUUUACAGCAAUGGGCCGCAUUACGAGGUUGCGCUGAGACACUACGGGCGGGCUAUCAAGCUCGUACGCACGUCGAAGCCGUCAAGCGAAAACAUGUUGUGGGCCAUCAUCUGCUGUGUGCUGUUCGUCACGUUUGAGUGUUUACACGGCGACCGUAACGCGGCGCUGUCGCAUGUGAACCACGCUUACAAGAUGAUGGAGCACUACUUCAAUCGGCGCUCAAUGGUAGAGGACGCGCCGCAGACAGACUCUGUCCGCUCUCUAUGCGACGAUGCUGCAUGGAUAUUUCAAGGCAUGACGAUGCAGUCGUGGUCGCACAACGUGCUCCAUUCGAAGGAUACGAGGGAGAUCAGUUGGUGCUGCCGGGGAAGCAAACGGCCAUUCGCUGUGCAGGAGAUGCCUUCCACGUUCGCCGAUCUUCAUGUCGCACGGCGAUGGUGGAGAAUCGUACAGCAUUACACCUGUCACAGGUGCCCCAUUUACACUGAGAUGUACGCCGACGAUAUGUCGCAGGAGAUGCUCGUUGGCACUUGGUCUAGGAAGACUUCCGAACUAGGCGACACCGAUCAGCUUAGGGCAGUUCUUCCCGAGUUUCUUGGUCACCUUAGGCGCUGGCACAACGCCUUCCAGGGCGUCUACGACUACCUCAGACUCAACCAGGAACGAGAUUUUGACACGUAUGUCGAAGCGUGCAAUCUACGAGUCCAGCAUCUACUGCUCUGGACCGACGCGAUCAGCAUGAGCUACAAGGAUGCCAAGACAGUGGAGGUGCUGACGCCUGCAUUCCGGGAAAUGAUACAGCUGGCGGAGAUCAUCAUCCAAAGGCAGUCCAACUGUGGAGGAUGCGCCGAUGUGUUCAGCAUGGACAACGGGCCCACGAUGGCCCUUUUCGUCGCAGCGUGCCAAUGUCGCGAUGCUGCAUUGAGGCACAGAGCAACAUAUCUUUUGGGAAAGUUCAACCGACGUGACGGUUUGUGGGAUAGUAGAACGUUUCACAGCAUUGCGCUAAGAAAUGUCGAGGUUGAAGCGGAGAAUUUAGCCGUGGGCGGCGACGAUGUCGAGAUGUGGUCACAACUUGCGCGGCGUGAGCUGCAUUUCGAUAGUGAUGGAAACCCUACUGGCCGAAUCAUGAAAUGGUAUCCUGACAUUGGCGAAUGGCGAGACUACUAUGAAACGGUGGCAUCGUAA